AGAAGACCUUAAGCGCUUUCAACAUAUCAAUCCAAAUUGAAGUGCUUUGAUUUGCAAAGCAAAAUACCCCAAAGUCGUAUGAUGAAAUUGAUCAAAGCUCAUCUGGAUCAAGUUAUGUUUCUAAUUGACGAAACGCCCUAUUUUCCAUUUUUCACUUCUCUCCUUGUCUGCAUCCUGGUGAUUGUUUGGAAGCGAUCAAGAGCCGGAGGCCUAAAGUCACCCCAAGGGCCAUGGAAGCUGCCUGUUAUUGGAAACUUGCAUCAAAUGGUCGGUCUGCUGCCACACCACACACUGAGAGAUUUAGCCAAGAAACAUGGACCCAUCAUGUACCUUAAACUCGGUCAAUUAGACGCCGUGAUUAUUUCAUCUGCCAAAGCUGCCCAGGAGGUGUUGAAGACACAUGAGCUUAGAUUUGCGCAGAGGCCUAUAGUUUUGGCGGCAGAGGUUAUAUCUUUUGGUCAAUCAAGUACUAUCUUUGCUCCUUAUGGAGAUUUAUGGAGAUCGCUGAGAAAGAUUUGUGUUUUUGAGCUACUGAGCGCGACACGUGUGCAGUCUUUCAGAUCCGUAAGAGAAGAAGAGGUACGGAAUCUUAUUGAGUCCACUGGCUCAAUGUCUCACGAGGGGCUUGCCAUCAAUUUUAGGGACAGGUGCUGCAGCUUCACAAGUGGCGUAGUGUCGAAGGCAGCAUUUGGGAAAAAAUGCAAAGACCAAAAGGAGUUCCUUUCGCUACUAGACGAAAUACUCAAACUUGGUAGUGGAUUUGAUAUUCCUGAUUUGUUUCCUUCACUCAGUUUUCUUGUUUUCAUUACUGGGUCGAUCCCUGCUCUCAAAGACAUAAAAAGCAAGCUCAAUACGAUUCUCGAACGUAUCAUCAACGAUCAUAAAAUCAAAAGCAAUGACAAAGCAGUGGAGGAGGAGGAAAAUUUUGUUGACGUACUUCUAAAACUUAAAGAGUCCAACAAGGUGGAGUUCAAUUUCACAACCAAUCAUAUCAAAGAUAUGAUUAUGACAUGUUCUCUGCAGGAAGCGAGACUUCAGCUACUACCUUAGAAUGGGCAAUGUCAGAGUUGAUGAGAAACCCAAGAAUCAUGAAGAGGGCUCAAGCUGAAGUGAGACGGUCAGUCCUCCAAUUUGAAGGGAAAAAAAGAAAAGUUAUUGAAGAAAGAGAUGUUCAAAAAAUGGACUACUUGAAAUCGGUGGUGAAAGAAACUCUGAGGUUACACUCUCCAGCCCCUUUGCUCCCAAGAGAAGCAAGGGACACGGUUCAAAUUGGCGGGUUCGAAUUACCAGUUAAAUCAAAAGUAAUUAUUAAUCUAUGGGCAAUGGGAAGAGACCCAGAGAUAUGGGGGGCAGAUGCUGAGUCUUUUAAGCCGGAGAGGUUUCAAGGUUCUUCUGUUGACUUUAAGGGUUUUGACUUUGAGUUCACCCCGUUUGGGGCCGGCAGAAGAAUGUGUCCAGGCAUGUUAUUUGGUGUUACCAUGGUUGAACUUGCUCUUGCUGAAUUGCUCUACCGCUUCGAUUGGAAACUGGCGAAUGAGAUGAAUCCAGACGAACUUGACAUGACGGAGACCUUUGGAGUGACCUGUAAGAGAAAGAAUGCGUUGUACCUAAUUGCCACCCCACAUUUUACUUCAGUCAAUGAGUCAGAGUGACUCGGCGUUUUGUUGCCAUGAAUGGCCAACAAAACCAGCACCAUUCUGGUGUAUGGCUUUAGGUUUGAAUUUUUCCUUUACAGAAUAAAACAUGUUUUCAGUCCAUCAGUUCAUCCUUGCAGUUUGCAGUUUGUAGAUUGUUUAAAUCCAGGCUUCUUUUCAUUUAGUACUUGCGUAAUAAAGGCAUGAUUAAUGCAAUGUUAAUUCAAUAUGUCAUCCCUAAGAUGUAAGCUUGUUAUUCAGAUAUGUAUAUAUGAUCAAUAAUACAUGUACUCGUGAGUGUUCUACUGCUA